GAUUUGGAGUUCAGCAUGCAUGAUGGGACAAUCAGAGACCUUGCUUUUAUGGAAGGCCCAGAAAGUGGUGGGGCUAUUUUAAUAAGUGCUGGAGCAGGGGACUGUAAUAUUUACACAACAGACUGUCAGCGAGGACAAGGCCUGCAUGCUCUAAGUGGUCACACUGGUCAUAUUUUAGCACUUUAUACAUGGAGUGGCUGGAUGAUUGCAUCUGGAUCCCAAGACAAGACUGUAAGAUUCUGGGAUCUGAGAGUACCAAGCUGCGUUCGUGUUGUGGGAACAACGUUUCAUGGAACAGGAAGUGCUGUAGCCUCAGUAGCUGUUGAUCCUAGUGGUCGUCUCUUGGCUACGGGACAAGAGGACUCUAGCUGCAUGUUGUACGAUAUUCGAGGAGGACGAAUGGUGCAGAGCUAUCAUCCUCAUUCCAGUGAUGUUCGUUCUGUUCGCUUCUCUCCAGGGGCACACUACCUGCUUACAGGAUCUUAUGAUAUGAAAAUAAAGGUGACAGACUUGCAAGGAGACCUCACAAAGCAGCUUCCUCUUAUGGUGGUAGGAGAGCACAAGGACAAAGUUAUUCAAUGCAGAUGGCAUACACAAGAUCUUUCCUUCUUGUCAUCUUCUGCAGACAGAACUGUAACCCUUUGGACCUACAACGGCUAGAGUGCAAAGGCAACCUAUGCAGCUAAAGCACAGAGACCUGAGACUACAGAACUGUAAAAACAAAGUAAUAAUAAUUAGGCAUUGAGAGAGCAGCAGCUGAGCAGGAGAGUGUCAUGUCAAAAGAAGGGGCACUUGUCACAGAUUUUUCUGGUUUCUAGGAGGUCUUGGUGUUUUUAGUAUAUUCUUUUGCAGUGCUUUCAGUCUUCCAUGUGAACUCAUGCUGCUGUGACCUAUUGUAGUCUUGUUGCCAAAGUCCAUGAGGAGAACUCUUAUGUUGUCGAUGUGCACUCAAAGUAAGAUGAAUGAUGUGUUUACAGUUUGGUAUUAAUUGCAUUCCUUGGUCUUUGCCUCAAUGAGAAUUUUAUAUAGAAACUUAAGUUGAGCAACACUUUAAUCAAGUCUGUAUGUAACCAGUUAUACACACACACAUAAAAGAUCAAUUACUUCCACUGUUUUUUCAGAUUUAUUAUAUUCAUCACUUUUCAAUAAGACGUCAAACUUUAUAACAUCUCCACAAUUUCAACUUUUUUAGUAAUGAAUUCUGAACUUUAAAGGUGAGUAGGGAGUAACCUUCUCUUGAUUAUGGUCCAUUAUAUAGUGUGGAUUUUUUUCUUUAUUUUCAUCUAAACUGGGGGAAAUGUUGCUGUUUUUACUACAUGGCAUUGUUUUGAACAAACUAACAUGUUGGAGGGGAAAAAAGGGGUUUUUUGGUUUUUUUGCUGUAGAAACAUAAUAUUUUACUUUUUGAAUGCAACAGAAUACCUCUGUGUAUAAUGUACUGUAGAAAGAGUGAAUUGGCAGCAGUUGUCACAGUGAGCUAUCAGUUUUUUCAAGUAUAAGGGAUACCAUUAAUGCUAUAAUAGAAACCAGCAUGGCUUAAAAUGCUAUGUCUGCAUGAUAAUUUAAGAAUUGAAUUGUUAAAAUUCCCAGUUCAGAAGCUUAUCUGAAUUUUAUUUCUUGCACUGUUUAUGUAUGGGAAAUUGUAGUUUUAUUUCUACAAAACUUUAGAUUCUAAUGUUUAUGUAUUGUUAUAUUUUCAUAUUGUACAGUUCCUUUUACUUUUUAAAAUAUAAACAUUAGGUUAUUUAUUUAUUUGAACUGCAGUUAAGUUUUGGAUUCUCUUGGUUACUAAAUUAUACGUGCACUGUAGCAAGCAUUUUUAACUAUCGUAUAAAAGUGGAAAGGUAACUAUAGAAGUGUAUCUGUGCUAUAAUCUCAAUAAAGACCUCCAACACCUGCA